AUGUCUGAGGUCGUUGAAAAGGCUGACGAAAACGUUGUGCCGUUAUUUAGUCGACCUGAAUUGUACCCUGUGCCUAGUGAAAGUGUACUGACUGUAGAUUUACGCGAUGGUACAGUACGAAUUCUUAAAUGUACGCUUCCUGCACUUCUAGUGCAGCUCUCAUCGCCGCUAGAUAAAGUCGACUAUUCAAUGCUGACGGAUUUCUUUCUAGUCUACAGAAAUUUCAUGAGUUCUCAGAAAUUGCUGGAUCUAAUUCAAGAGAGAUUCCAAUGGGCGAUUGACUUGCGUCAAUCUGACCCUAGUUCCCAAGAGAAAAUUACAUCCGAGGUUAUACUGGUACGGAUGUUUGUGCUGGUAAGGCAUUGGCUGUCUAACUAUUUCGCACAAGAUUUUGUCGUCGACACGUCGUUGCGUCGUCAAUUCCUUCAAUUCAUCAACGGAUACUCUCCAGUUGACAGGUUCCUGGACAAUAUUAUAAUUAGUUUAAAAAAAUUAUGGGUUCAGAACGUUCAAAUUAUGUGGGAGGAUUUAGAAAAUCUCAUAGUGGAAAAUAACGUUGUAUCGCGCGAUGAUUGGCUCAAGUGGGAAAUAGAGGACGUACCGUCUGGUUCUUCUUCGGAAACAGGUGAAGGAAGCACGAAGGGGAAGCGACUUAGCUUUAUUGCAUUACAAAAUAUAAACAACCCGGUACUCAGGAACGAAUCCUUACUCUCGUUAUUGCACACCAGAGAGAAGAUACCUCUACCACAACAAUCAGAAGAUGAAUCCAAGAAACAGAGCACACGUAUCAAACAGAGAACUGGAUCAAUGCUUUUGUUCCCAGAAAAUGCUUCCAACGGACUUUCUAUUAACGAAAAACUAACGGCUUCAGGAGUCUCGCCAGAGGCCACUCCGAAACAGGAGAGAGAAAUAACAGACCCCAAGAAUUCGAAAGAUAACAAACAUAUCCUACCGCAGUUGUCCAGGGUCACUAACGUUUCUUAUAUGAUGAAAGAUUUGGAAUACCCUUCAACCCCUUCAGUGGACAUCUUCGUCCCACCAACACCAGCGAAGAAUAUAGAGUUUAUCUUGCAGACGUCGUACAUGGAAACAGAUCUUCCAGAACAAUCUAAUGGCUCAGAUUCGACGAAUACCGUAAAUGGCAAUAACACAAAUCACAAAGGAAUACUGGGUCUAUUGUCUAAAUGGAAAUUAAAUCAUCAAAGAAAACCAACUGUAAAUCCUGUCCAAAACCCACCAAGGGUUGAAAAUCUAAUAAAAUAUGUAUUUUCCAUUUCUUCAUUGGACAAUCAUGCGAAUCCAUUGCCCGAUUCGCUUUCUUCUAUGUUUGAUAUUUUGAGUGCAAGAACUAUUGAUGAGGUAGAAUAUCUUGUUUCUGUGGAAAGUGAUCUUUUAGCAAAAUUAGAAGCUAAAAAACUAACCACUGAAAUAUCUAAGUUGGAAACAAAUGAGGAUGAAUCGCAGGAUUAUAGUGUUAUUGAUAAUCUUAACCUUUACAAAACUGUUUCAUCAAUCGCUAACUCAGUGAUAUCGCUAUCUAAAACUUUGAAUGUCAGAACAAACAAGUCAACUACCCAUCUGUUAUCUCCUUCAACCUCGGCCCUUGAGAGGAAAAAUAUAAGAAACUCUGCACCAAUGCUGUACUCUUACAAUAAUUCUAGAUACAGCAUCACGAAUGCCUUAAUGGGACUACCUAAUACCAAUGACAACAGCAGUCCAAAAAGAUUGGUUUUCCAUGAUCCGACAAGGAACUCUCCUACAAAGAAGGCCAUACUUGCAAAUAACCUGAACAACAUAGGAGAAUAUAACGGUGAAAGAGACUCUAUUACUUCUAUUGUCACUUAUGACUCUGCAUUUUCAGAUAUUUCAUCUUCUGGGAAUAUCUUGAGUCAACAUAAAGGGAGUAGUAAUAUUUUCAUGGAAUCUGCCCCAACUUUGAAAAGAAAGCUGAAUGUUAAUGACCUUCGUAGGUUCAAUUUCGAGAAAUCUGAUUCGACAGAUGACAGAUCCUGUUCACCACAAAAUAGAGAAGCAACGGAGACGAGUGCAACUUCAAUGGAAAGUGAUGCAAAUGAUAAUGCUAUCCAAGAUGAGUAUGAAAACGAAAAUGAAGAUAUUGCAUCGUUAAUAACUGCAUAUGAAGAAAGUACGUCUGAAAUUGAUACCCAAUGUCAAAACAACGCCCAAAUUAGAAGACCCACAAGUGGCAGAAUUAGUAUAACAAGAAACUACAGUGUUGCCUCUCCCAACUCUUUGAGGUCCAUUCUCCCUAAAUCUCCUCUCAUUUUGGGCAAUGAAGUUUUUAUCGAAAGAGAUAAAGCUUUGGCUGCAAACCAGGACAUUAUAUCGGAAUUAGAAGAGACGACAUCUCUCUUACUAAAUGAUAAUGACAGAAAGUUUACAGUCAGCCGAGGUUCAGUAUGUAACGACUCGGACUCUCAAAGCAUCUCCACAAAUUUGCUGUUUAGUUCUGCCCAAGCUUCACCCCAAAAAUUGGUAAUCAAAGAAGUUGAUGUCAUUCAAGAGAAAUCGGAGCAUCCCGAUGUCCCUACGCCAGUAUUAUGCAAACAACCUAUUUCAAAGCUUUCUGAGACUCCAAGUAUAAAGUCAAUAGGAAGUCGUGAUUCAGAAGAAUCCUUUGAUCUCACGUCGAUUGCUAGUAAACCAAAUCGCGCACAAUCCACAACUCUGAGAGAGAAAUAUCAUCUAGAAAAACAGGCAACUAAUGACAUUUUCGAGGAAGACGUUGAAAACUUGAAUCCAGAGAAUAACAAAUACCUGUUUUCCCCAGACACUGAUAGCAUAGAUUUUGCAUCCCCAGAAAAGAACCUCGACGAUUUAAAACAACAGUUUAUUGACCAGUCAACUGAUGAGCAAACGUCGUUAGAUGAAGAGGAGAUUGCUACUCAGGAUAAUGAAAAUAAAGAUCAUGGAAUUGAUAAAAAGAAACUAGAGGACAUUAUGAAUGGUAUUGACGACACAGCUGAUACUUCUAUGGAUCCUGUUAAUCUUGCUUUAAUGAAAUUAGAAGGGACGUAUGAUAAAGGGGAAAAGGAAAUAGAUGAUAAAAGUCCAUCAAUUAACAGCGAAUUAGCCCGGGAAGUUGAAAAUUUCCAAAUCGUACAAACUGCAGCUCUUCCUGAAAGCGCUCGCAAAAGGCAAUCCAUGUUCAUACAGAGAAGACGCAACACAAUGAUCGAUUUUAGCGUUCGUGAUUCACUCAUUGACAAAGACUCCUCCUGCACCAGAUUGGAAAAUACUGAUGAACAAAUUCGUAAUUUGUUAAACCAGUACACAUUAACUGAUUCAAGGCUUAAAAUAGACAAUUUAGAGCAACAUAUCCCGUUCAUUCUGAUGUAUGAUUCUAAAUCUGUGGCAAACCAAUUGACCUUGAUUGAAAAGGAAAUUCUAUCUGAAGUUGAUUGGAAAGAUCUAUUGGAUUUGACAAUGAGUGAACAACUUCCACAAUUUACCAGUUGGCUGCAAUUAUUGGUACAGAACGAAAACUUGUCGGGUAUCGAUUUAGCCAUAGCAAGGUUCAACUUGACCGUGGAUUGGAUCAUUUCUGAAAUCGUAAUGACUCAGGACAUAAGGUUGAGAAGGAACACGAUCCAAAGAUUCAUUCACAUAGCCGAACACUGUAAAGAGUUACAAAAUUACAAUACUUUGAUGGAAAUCAUCCUUGCAUUAAACUCCAUUGUCGUUCAGAAAUUCACUGAAACAUGGAGACUUGUCGAACCAGGCGAUCUAUUGACUUGGGAAACGUUGAAGGCCAUACCAUCCCUGGAAAAGAAUUACAGUAACAUUAGACAAUUAAUAGACGAAGUCGAACCACUUUCUGGAUGCAUUCCAUUUAUCGUGGUAUACUUAUCGGAUCUAUCUUUAAACAUUGAGAAACGUACCUGGAUUGUACAUGACGAAGUGCUAAAUUACAACAAAUUCCAAACAAAUGUUCAAAUAGUGAAAAACUUCGUACAGAAGAUGCAAUGGUCCAAAUUUUACAACAUUGAUAUUGACCAUGAGUUGUUAAGCAAGUGUGUUUACAUCACAUCAUUGUCCCAUGACGAAAUCAAUUCAAUUUCACAUAAAUCCCCAAUUUAA